AUGGGUGAGACAACAAAAGAAGAUGCUACAAAACCAUCACCGAAUCAAAUCUCUUCACCUAAAGAUUCUUCUUCACUUGAUCACCAAAACCCAUCACUUCUCCACCACCACCACCAUCACCAACACCAGUCUUUCCUCCCUUCUCCCAUCUUCAUCCCCACCGUCUCUUCUCCCGGAGCUCCUGCCAUCCCCAAACGACCACGUUUCGGCUCUUCCGGUGGUCUCUCUCCACCUCAAUGGAAAGCCUUACCGUCACCUUCCACCUUACCAACCGCCGCCACAAUUCCUUCAUCACCAUCCCCUUCCACCGGCGUAGUAGCAGCUUCUUCCACCGAAACCGCCGGAUCUUCACCGCCUUGCCAAGAAGCUACCAACAGCGAGAAACAACAACCCGAAACGGAGCCGUUUCAGCAUAAAUUCAGAAAAGGUAAAUACGUGAGCCCCGUGUGGAAACCGAACGAGAUGCUAUGGCUAGCAAGAGCCUGGAGAGCCCAGUACCAGCACCAAGGAAACGGAACCGGGUCCGGAUCUGGGUCGGGUGAGGGAAGAGGGAAGACCCGAGCUGAAAAAGACCGGGAAGUAGCUGAGUUCUUAAACCGGCACGGUAUAAACAGGGAUUCGAAAAUCGCCGGUACGAAAUGGGACAACAUGCUCGGUGAGUUUAGGAAAGUGCACGAGUGGGAAAAAGGAGGAGAUAGAGAGAAGUUUGGCAAGAGUUACUUCAGGCUCUCUCCUUACGAGAGGAAACAGCACCGACUUCCCGCGUCUUUCGACGAAGAAGUGUACCAAGAAUUGGCUCUUUUCAUGGGUCCACGUGCAAGAGCUCCAACUGUUAGCCACCGUGGUAGUGGCGGAGCUCCGGCAGAUGUUACCUUAACGUCUCCGUCUGUUGACGCGCUUCCUCUUCCUCCACCACCGUUGAUGACUUCAAGAAGCGAUGAUAUUGAUCAUAGGCUUUGUAGCCCUAUCCCUUCCAUCGGAAGAGGAAAGCGAUUAGCAUUAUCAAUAGUUGGAGAUGAUCAUACUCAAUAUCCGUAUUCACACAACACUGCUAGAGGAUCAUGUUUAUUCUCUAAUAGAUCGAUAUACCAUCCUUGUUCCGAGACGAUCCCUUCUUCUUCUUCUUCGUCUUCUUCUCUAAAAGAUCUUCGCCGUAUUGGGAAAAUACGGUUAACUUGGGAGGAAUCAGUUAACUUGUGGGCUGAAGAAGGAGAUGCUGAUUUUGGGAGAAUUAGGGUUAGUGGGUCGAGUUUCUUGAAUGCCGACGAGCUCACGUACUUGGAUGAUUCCAUGGUAGCUUGUAAAAUGGAAUCUUUCGAAGAUGGACCUCUCAAGGGAUUUUCUUUGGAUAAAUUCAUUUCUGGUCAACAUCUUAAAGUCUUUGGAAGACGAAAGUCAAAUUCAUCAUCUGCUCCUUCACCUUCAGUUAAUAUGACAGGUUUGUUUGAUCGAGGUCAGCUUCCACUCGCAGAACCCAUUUAUAAAUCAAUAUCAACAUUGGAGUUCCAAGACCCAUCGGACUAUUGCUUGAGUAAAUUGUCUCUGCCGGCAGGAAAUCUUCCGAGCAUAUUUGAGCUCGCACGCUAUCUUCAAGAACCACCGCCGGAAAAUCUCCGAUUUCCUCUCCGACGAGACGUCUACAAAGACUUGCCGACAGGGAAAGAGCUUUUCUUUUCCACCUCCUCCUCCGAGCUACUAGAUUGUAGAGCAAUCACUUAUGAUAUCAUCAGCCCCAUAAUGACUCGCGUAAACCCUAACAACGGUUUCGUCAUCUCGAGCAAAGACUCGCUGAUCCCGCUUUGGGACGACUGCGUGAACCGGCUGGUUUCAAAGUUUUGUGACAUGGUGGUUUUGCGUAAACCGGAUUCUUCGUCUUACGUUGACAACGUUCAAGAUCAGUGGCCAAACGUGAUGGGAUUCGUGAAAGGAUAUGGUUUAUGGAGAGGAGAAGAGGCUGAUAAAGUCCGUGAAGGUUUAGCUGAUCCUUCUUCUCUAUUGGCCGAGAAGAUUCUUUGGUCGUACAACGAUCUUCCAUACAUUCUUGGAUAUCACGCAAUAGGUCUCACCGUAACUUUCUGUGCUUUGAGCCGUUCUUCGCAAGAUCGACUGAUCUGCACCGAUCUUUAUUCAUUCGACGUAUCCUCACCAUCCGAUCGAAUCAAGGCCUUGGUUCCUUGUUACCGUCUCGCUUCUCUUUUACCUUUGCUUGCAGACCACUGCACUACGAGGCCUUUGUGUUACAGCGACUUCCAGAGAAUCGAUCAUGGAGAUUUCGUGACCGAGGUUACACCUCACACGGCGACUAAGUAUUACUCGAGCAAGAGAAAAUGGAGCGGAGUGAAAGAAAUCUACGAUUUUCUCGACCAAAGAGUUCCACACGCGGAGCAUUUGGAUAGGGCAAGCGAGAAGGAUCUCUCGUUGAGUUUUAAGCCACGUGGGAUCAGAGUCAAACCUUGUAACGUUGACCAGCUCAUCGAGUCGCUGAUGUGUGUGACGAGAGCGCUCGUUGCGCUUCACGACCUUUCGUUCAUGCAUCGUGACAUGGGAUGGGAAAAUGUUAUGAGAAGAACAACAACAGACGCGGAGUGGUUUGUUUGCGGGUUCGACGCUGCCGUUGAGGCACCACAGCUUAACCCUCACCGUCCCGCGGGGGAAGAGGAGGAGGAGCGUGAGAGACACGCGCCGGAGAUGGAGAGGGGACUGCAUGCGGUGAAGGUGGAUGUGUGGGGAGUGGGUUAUAUGAUAAAGACUUGUGGAUUGAGUAAUGUGCCAAAGAUGUUGAGAGAACUUCAAGGCAAGUGUUUGGAGCCGAACCAAGAGAACCGACCGACAGCAGCUGAUUGCUUCCACCACCUCCUCCAGGUUCAAUCUGCCGGAACAUCGUCGUAUUAG